AUGCGCAGCGGCAGCGCCGGCAUUCCGUGGAAUUAUUCCAUUCAUGUGCACUACACCCUCGACAGCGUGCAGGGUUGGCCAAAGAUCGCGAUUCAGCUAUGGCAGCUGGAUGACUACGGCUGCCAGGACAUUGGUGGCUACGGCACCGCGUACCUGCCCAUGCCGAGGUGUGGGUGGGUGGGUGGGUGGACAACAGGAAUUGUGUCUGUCAACGUGGAGGCCGAAUUUGUGGAGCUCCAGCGCACUCGUGCGCUUUUGGCAGGCGUUUCGCCUGUCUGUCAUGGCCGUCCACCCGGUGCUCCGCGACAACUCGCUCAUUGCAGACGACGAGCAGCGUUUCAAGCGGCACACAGUGACAAAGUGGCACUGUGA